AUGACUGAGGGCCCUCAUCUGUGUGGUAAGACUGGGUUUUUCAACAGGACAACGCUACGCUCCUGGGACUGGAGCGCCGAGUCCCUGUCCUCACUGUUCACCGCCUCUGGCAGCUCUUCACCUGCAUCUUGUAACUCCCUCCAUGCCCAGUCCACGUUCACAAACUUCCCGUAUGGCUCGCUAUCCCACCACCACUCAUCACCCAAGAGUACGUCUAAGAGGGGCGAGUCCUUUGGGAUUAGCCGCAUUGGCAGUAAGAUCAAAGGAGUGUUCAAGAGCACAACGAUAGAAGGAGCCAUGCUGCCAUCCUAUGGGCUGGUAGAGGGGGAGGAUGAUAUGGUGGAGGAAGCCAUGAUGGUGCUGGAAGAUGACCCCCCUAUGGAGGCAGCCUCCACCCCGAGCACCCCGCGAAACCUCUCAGCCUGGAACAUCACAAUCCCGUACAUUGAUUUCUACGAUGACGACGUAAAGAGGGAGCGCAUUCCAGUGUUUUGUAUUGAUGUAGAGCGCAAUGACCGGAAGGCAGUCGGACAUGAGACUGAGCACUGGUCUGUGUACAGGAGAUAUCUGGAGUUCUAUGUCCUAGAGUCAAAGCUCACCGAGUUUCGUGACUGCAAGGAAAGAACGCUGAUGUACACCGAGCAUCUGAAGAACAACAUGCAAGUCCUCCAGCACAUUGGAUCCAAAACCUGUUCCAGUUCCUCAGACACCAUCAGAGACUGUUUUGAAAGCCCUCUACUAUCAAUCUGGAUAAAAAGAAACUUUGCCAACCACUGCAAGUAUCAAGUGUUUUAAAUUUUGUUUGAAUGUUUAUUAUGUACUUAUUUGUUUUUGGUUGUAUUAAGUUUGAUAUUAAUUAGAUCAGUGCCUUUUUAGUCAUUAAUUUGAUUAUUAAAUAUUAACUGUUUAGGGCAGCAUGGUGGCACGGUGGUUAGCACUGUUGCUGCACAGCAAGAAGGUCCUGAGUUCAAUUCCACCAUCAGGCCAGUGUCUUUCUUUGUGGAGUUUGCAUGAUUAAUUGAUUAAUCCAAAUUACAUAGGUGUAAAUGUGAGUGCAAAUGGUUGUCUGUCCCUGUGUGUUAGCCCUGUGACAGACUGGCGACCUGUCCAGGGUGUACCCCGCCUCUCGCCCUAUGAAAGCUGGGAUAGGCUCCAGCGCGACCCUGAAAAAGGAUAAGUGGAAGCGGAUGGAUGGAUAUUAACUGUUUAAUUUAAUCAUUGUCUUUACUGGUUUUUAUUAAUGUUUCUAGCAAAUUAUGACAAAAAGUCAAAGAAUCUAAGUUUUAUGCCUAUUAGCCCUAUUAUGUUUAUUACCUCAUUUGUUGGACCUUAAUCUUUUUAGACAACAUUCUGGCUGCAACAGCUGCCAAUAAUUUUGUGUAAAUAUGAACUUUUGAAUAAAAAGGCAUGUCUUGUAUUAUACAGCUCUUCUGUGCUUUGUCAAUAGGAGACGGUAAACA